AUGUUCGCUUCGUACGGACCCUCGACCCUCAGACGCAAAGCCGCGGAGGUGGCCGCCGCGCUGGAGGGGACCAGGGUCGAGCUCGGCGAGGGCGGCGGCGCGGUCGAAGACGCGUCCCGGCGUAAGCGCGCGAAGACCGCGGCGACGCGGCCGGCGACGGCGGCGGCGGCGGGCCGCGCCGCCGCCGCCGCCGCCGACGUCGCGUCGGCGCCGCCGGAGGUGCUGUACGUCGACGGCGCGCGCGGCGAGAAGACGCCGAUGCUGUGCGUCGACGGCCCCGCGGCGCUUCGCGCGGCGAGCGACGACGCGAUGGCGGCGAUGGACGCCGCGGGAGCCGCGGGGGUGGUCCCGGUCCCGGUCCCGGUCGCGGUCCCGGUCCCGCCCGUACCGAUCGUCGUCGUCGGCGGUCGGCGGACGCGGCCGGUGUGCGCGCAGGCGUUGCCUUGGGCGCGAGGGUUCAUCGGAUGCCCUGGUAUCGCGUGCGACGCGUCGCACGACUUCACGUCGCUGUUCGACCACGACGGCGCGAGAGCGUGCGGGAACCGAAAGUCCACGCCGCUGGAGGUGGAUAACCCGAAGGACGCGACGCACUUUCGAGCGCGGAGCGCGGAGUGCCCGUGGAGCCGGAGGAGGGUGCAGCGGACGCUCGAACGCGCGAGCGAUCCCGUGACGCUGCGCGCGUUGCUCGACGAGUUCGCGCCUCGGGCGAAGGCGGUGAAGAAAAAGCACGUGGACGGGCAGUGCUCGAGCUGCUACAGCGCGCACAUGACGCUCAUACGGAGCAUGGACGCGCGGAAGAAGUUGGCGACGUCGCGGCGCGGCGGGGGAGGGCGGGGGAACGACGGGGAGGGCGACGCGCGCGCGGCGAGCGGAGUCGACGUCCACACGCUCGUCAGCGCUGUAUUCACCGCGCCGUUCUUCGUGAAGGGCGCCGCGGAAUUCGGCUCGAUGCUCGUCGACGGCGCGGUGACGCCGAAAUCGAUCGCGAGCAACCCUCUCCUCUUGCACUUGUUCCACGUCGACGCGGUGAAGAACAUCUUCAUCACCGCGAUGUGCUACUUCGCCUCGAAGUUUAACAUCGCGGAGCGACGCAGGGUGUGCCAGCUCAUGAUGGCGAUGAUGCUGAUGCUCUUGCCGAUCUUCAAGAUCGCGCCCGCGACGACGAGCGGGCCGCCGAUUCCGCCGCCCGCCAUCGCGUACAUCGGCGUCACGAGCGUUUGCUACGCGCUCGCGCUCGCGGGGAAGGAGAAGAAGACGCGCGCGAAGAGGGCGUAAUUUAAGAACACGCGCGAUGGGAAUAUUUAUACAUGAAAGCGCUCGGAGGAAGGACACGACGAAGAGCGCUCGAUCGAUGCGGCUGAGGGGUCACAACAAAGCAUCGGAGAUUUACUUUUCUAAACCAUAAAAAAAGAAGUAACCG